AUGGCGAUCUGGCCGUGUGCUGAGACACAAGAGGAGUUUGUGGAUGAUUUUCGAGUUGGGGAGCGAGUUUGGGUGAAUGGGAAGAAGCCUGGAUUUAUCCAGUUCCUGGGAGAAACCCAGUUUGCACCAGGCCAAUGGGCCGGGAUCGUUUUAGAUGAACCCAUAGGCAAGAACGAUGGUUCAGUGGCAGGAAUUCGGUAUUUCCAGUGUGAGCCUUUAAAGGGCAUAUUCACCCGACCUUCAAAGUUGACGAGGAAGGUGCAGGCAGAAGAUGAAGCCGACGGCCUGCAGACAACUCAUGCUUCCAGAGCGACUUCGCCUCUGUCCACUUCGACAGCCAGCAUGGUGUCCUCUUCCCCAGCCACCCCCUCAAGUAUUCCCCAUAAAUCACCCCAGCCAACCGCAAAGGAACCUUCAGCUACGUCUCAGAUCAGCAACCUUACAAAAACCACCAGUGAAUCUAUUUCCAACCUUUCGGAGGCUGGCUCAAUCAAGAAAGGAGAAAGAGAGCUCAAAAUUGGAGACCGAGUAUUGGAGACGCGGGUCUGAUCCCUGGUCUGGGAACUGAGGUCCCACGUGCCAAGGGGCAACCAAGUCUGUGUGCUCUGGAACCUGCACGCCACAACUAGAGAGAAGACUGUGCGCGGCAGCUAAGACCUGAUGCAGCCAAAUAAAUAAA